AUGACAGAAAUUACUACAAUUAUUCGUCUUGCAAGAAAAUAAAGCUCAAACAUUAAACUUUAAUAGUCCUCCUUAAAUUCCUCAUAAGCACCACCAUAUUUUCUUUUGAAAUCUUCUUUCACCAAGUUGUUUAAAUUUAAAAAUAUCUUCAUUCCCAUCCAUAAAGGAAAUACUAGGAGAUAAACUGCUAAUAGGGCAAAAGCAAUUAUCACAGAUAUCGUCUCACUUGUGCUCGAGAAAUCACUUCUUAGAAAAUUUAUGAUAGCGCUUAAUUGCUUGUUUAUUACCUUGGAUGCUUAGCUAUUUUUUACAUAAUAAAUGCAAAAAUUGCAGUAAAUAUACCUUAACCAACAAAAAUUGCAACAUCAAAAGCAUUUAGAAUUAUAUUACAUGUAGAAUAUCCCUGAUUAUCAAAGCUAUCAGAAUAAGGUUCUUAACUAGAGGGCAAAUCUAAAUACUAUUCAAAUACACUUGAUAUGUCCAAUAAUUGAAAAUUAAAUGAGUUCAUUAGCACAAAGAAUGAAGUCAAGAACUCAGGCAUAAUAAAAUUAUUCAGAGGAAGCAUAGUAAGGAUCUGAAUAGUAUUUAUCAUUCCAAAUAGAUAUGUCAUACUUCCACCUCUAUGACUAUUAAAAAUGA